AUGGAUACAUUAUUCACCUUCUUCCAGGGCGACAGUCCGGCUCUUCAGUACAUUGGAAGCUGGAGUGCAUCCUUAUGGGACAACAGAGACAUGUAUCAGAUGCAACUCCAUCUCCUCCUCGCCUCUGUCUUCCCCAUUUAUAUCGGCGCCCAUGCCGCUCUUCGACGACCCCCUUCAGCACUUGCACCUAAGAAACAGCCGUCUACAGAUAACGAAGACGACGAACUCGAUUUGGAACCUGCCAUUGAAGGUCUCCGGCCUUCGGAUGCCAUCAUGUUUCCCGUCCUAGCCAGUAUCACCUUGGGCGGUCUCUAUCUUCUCAUCAAAUGGCUCAAGGAUCCCAGUCUUCUCAACAAAAUCAUGACUUGGUACUUCUCGACCCUUGGAGUCUUUGGCGUGGGAAAGCUGGCUGGAGACUCACUCCACGUGAUAUCAACCAUCAUCUUUCCAUCUGUCUGGUCAGACGGCAAGCAGCUGUAUCACGUCAAGCCAGACUUCCAAAUCCAAGUCACGGGUGAAAGCUCACGAUCCCAACCGCUUCGAACCAUCACAGAUAAAAAGAACCCCCUACCGUCCUUCUUCUCUAGCAUCCCCUUUGCGGAAUCCCUGAACACUAUACUCUGGUCCACUCGCGCUCUCCUCAAAAACCACUGGAUAUUCCGCGGUUACCUACAUGGCCUUCUGAACACCAAACUCCGCGUAACCUUUCACGACGUUGCAGGUCUCACCCUCGGCCUCGCCGCAAUAAUAGCCUACAAUACCAGCGGCAAAGCCUGGUGGCUAACCAACCUCAUGGGAUUCGGCUUCUGCUACGGCGCCUUCCAAAUCAUGUCCCCAACCACAUUCUGGACCGGUUCUUUAGUGCUAAUGGGCCUGUUCAUCUAUGAUAUCGUCAUGGUCUUCUAUACGCCUAUGAUGGUCACUGUUGCCACGACCCUCGACGUACCCAUCAAACUAGUUUUCCCCGGCCCGAAACGCGGAGGUAUGUUGGGGCUUGGGGACGUGGUGUUACCGGGGAUCAUGAUGGCACUUGCACUUAGAUUCGAUCUGUAUCUGCAUUAUGCGCGGAAACAUUUGAAACAGGGGGAAACGGCUCGUUAUGUCGAAGCUACUGGUCUCUGGGGCGAGCGCUUCUGGACGUCUGGCUCCAAGGAGAAGAAUGUUGCUGAUGCGGCGAGGUUCCCCAAGACGUACUUUAAGGCUAGUGUUGUGGGGUACGUGAUUGGUAUGCUCACUACGCUUGUGGUGCUUAACUAUUUCAACCAUGCCCAACCGGCGCUGCUGUACUUGGUUCCUGGGGUGCUGAUUUCGCUGUGGGGCACAGCGUGGGUGCGGGGCGAGAUUCAGUUGAUGUGGGGCUAUACUGAGGAUGGGAGUUUGAAUGAUGAUCGUAAAGAGGGUAAAGAGGAGCUCACGAAGGAGGAGGUGGAGCAGAGGGCAGAUGAGAGGGAGAAGAGGAGGAGUAAGGAACAUGCUCAUCACGUGUUCUUGUUCUCGUUGUCGGAUCCGAAGCAUGAUUUGCCUAAAGCAAAACUUGACGGGGAAAAGGAGGAGUAG